AAACCAUCGCAACACUACAUCAAUCAUUACACAAUGACAACAAAUCAUAGACCGACAUUAGAAAGCAAACGAGGAAAAGUCAAAAGCAUAAAUGAUUCAAUCGUACAUGCUCGAGCCUUGCCUCAGCUGGGUUCACUUAAGUACAGAACUGAUAUACCUAGCGUGAAAUUUGAAGAUGGUGUAAAGGAAUUAAAGCGAGAGCUACUACAGCUUGAAGGUAAUGCUAAGAAAAAAUGGAAACAGGAUGAAAUAACAAAAUUCGUUGAUAAAGAAACGUUCAGAAAUGAAGAGAAAUUGGUUAGUAAACUGGUAAAUACAGAGAAGACCGAUUCUGAAAAUGUUGAUAAGAAGGAAGAAGACGCAGAAGAUCAAGAUGAAGAAAACGACGACGACGACGACGACGAUGAUGAUGAUGAUCCUGAUAGUGAUGAUGAGGAAGCUUUACUAAUGGCAGAAAUUGCAAAAAUACGAAAAGAAAGAUCUGAAAAAGAGAAACCAAAAGUAAACAAUCUGUUGGAAGAUACUGCCCAAGAUAACAAACCUGUCAAAAAAAGUUGGAGGCUGUCUACAUUCUCAAACAAAAAGAAGCAAGCAGAAGAAACUCAGACAAAUACCUCUGACAGUACUAUUGAUUCUGAAUUUCAUAAAAAGUUCCUUUCAAAAUAUGUUCGAUAAUCUAACCCAAAUUUCUCAAGACUGUCAAUUGCCAUUUCGAAAAGCUAUAUAUCAGCAAAAAUGUAUAACAUAUGGAAACUUAGAGUUCGUAAUCGUUAUUAUCUUAUAUUUUGACAAACUAACAACUUGAUAAAGUUUGUGUUAUGUUCCCAUUAUAGAUAGAUUGGGUUGUUAGACAAAAUCUCGUUUAUUCUAACGGUUUCCUCGGAUAAUUUAUAGCACAAGUAGGUUCUUGGUAACUAAAAUACAUAUUUUUAAUCCG